GGGGGAGGGGACUCGAGAGCGCGGUGGCAGGCUCGGCUCUUCAAUCAUGGAGCCUGCAAGCUACUCCAAGCGCCGUGCACACGAAGCGUCCGGCCAUGCAGACGAGCUCUCUCGCAAACGAUGGCGCAUUCAAACGAUCGCGGGGUGGCGGCUGGCACAAAGCUGACAGAUGCGUGAUUCUACUGGGCCCCUUAAGCGAGACCCUGAGGGGGGGCGCUCCCAAGACGGGCGACGAGUACCGCGCGUCUCUUGCACACUAAAGUACUGGUGCUCACUUGAUGCUUUACUCCACCGUCUAGGCGCAGUGAAGCCCCACCGACCGCAUCAAAUCGCAAACGCUUCGGCCGAUCUCCGAUGGUAGCCGCGGCCUGCCCCACAGCUUCCACGCCGAAUACGGGGAGGCAGGACGAGCAGGAGGGAGGCGAGGAGGAGGAGGAGGAGGAGGAGACAACACAGCACAGAGCACCCGAACAACGCCACCUGCCGACACAGGGGAGCCAGGCCGGGCACGGCCGGCAAGCCUGCAACAGGCUGCCGGCAAGUGGCAUGGCAGAAUGCAGGGCGCGAGCAGAAGAAGAAGAAGAAGAAGAAGAAGACGAGAUAAUGGAAGAGAAAAAAAAGAAAGAGAGAGAGUGUGAUAGAGACAGAUGGAAGAGCCGCCCGAGCCCGUUCGGCGGGCAGCUCGAGAGCCCGCGCGGCGGCCCGCCGCGACCCUCCGGACCCAGGCGAGGCGCGGAGACCCGGCGGACCGCACGCUCGGCGGGGCGCCGGCGCCGCCCGCGCGGAAGCGAAGGGGACCUGGACCGGGCUGAGCUCAAGGGGCCUCCUCCCGACUGCCUCCUGGCGCGUGGCUGGCGCAACCAGGUGCACGGUCAAGCGCCGGCCUCGCGCUGCCUUGCGCACGUGGUCGUGCACCUGCGGGUCCUCUCGACUGCCUCCUCUUCCUCCUCCUCCUGCCUGGCCCGGCCCGCGGCCGAUCUCGGGACCGACGGCCUGGGGCCCCCCAUUGCCGAAGACGUCGCCCGCCUCGGCCGGCGUCCUCGCGGUCUCCCGGCCGGGCGAAGAGCCCCGGGUCACGGCGCCGCUAGGAGGGCGCCCAGGGCGGCCUCCGAGCCCUGCCGCACCGACCUGCACAUGACCAGCUCGGCCUCGGGCACAGGCCACGCCAACCAGCAGCCAGGUCGCCGGCCGCGCUGCGCCGCCUCCCGCAGCGCCGCGGCGGCCGCGCGCAGCGCCCCGGGGCAGCCCAAACGGCGCGAGGCGCUCCGCCCCGGAGCGGCGCACAGCGCGGGGCGCGGGGCCGCGAGCGCGGAGGCCUGCGCGCCCAGG